CCAUCCGUCCGAUAUUGUUAUUUGUUGUCAAGUGUUAUUGUUUUGCCCCGUCGGCGACGUCGACUUUCCCGUAGGGAUCUAAAUAGCAAUAAAAUAUUUAAUAUAGGUAUUAUACUUAUUAUAUAUUUUUUAUAUAUUUAUAUGUACGUCGCAUAUGAUAUGUACCGGUGAAAUGUGAACGUGUUUGUAUAUUUAUGCUUUAGUCGAAAAAUCGCACGUCGUCGGUUGUUAGGUAAAAAUUUCUCAUUUUUUAAUUUUCACAUUAGUUUUUCUUCUAUUUUAUAUCAUCUAGAGCGUAUCGUCAAAUCAUUUUUUUUUUUAUUAUUAUUAAUUUAUCACAUUCUCGACAAAUAUAUAGUGUUGCAGUGUGUUUAUUCUUCUUGUGUUAAGAAAUCAUCAGAAGAUGCACUUUACGCUACUUAAUGUGUAGAUGAUCCACUGACACUCCUGCAGGGUCAAAAUGUCAUUCAUGGUGAAGAAGAAACGAUAUAAGUUUACUGUUAAUCUCUGCCUAGAAGAUUUAACAGCCGUCCCAUUUGUCAAUGCUGUAUUGUUUGCUAAAGUUCGUUUACUGGAUGGCGGGAAUUUUAGUGAUACUUCAUCCAGAGAGGAGGUUCGAGAUCACACUGUUCGGUGGGGUGCUAAAUUCGAGUUCGUCUGUAAGAUGAGCGCCAAUGCGUCCACCGGAAUAUUGGACCCGUGUAACCUUCGGAUAUCUGUUCGCAAAGAACUGAAAGGCGGUCGCAGCUUUCAAAAACUCGGUUUCACCGACGUUAAUUUAGCUGAACUGGCUGGAGCUGGGUUGAGUUAUAGGCGCUGCUUGUUGGAAGGGUACGACACCAGGCACCACCGACAGGACAACUCGAUGCUCAGGAUAUCCGUGUCUAUGAACAUGUUAGCCGGAGACAUAUUGUUCAAAGUGCCAACGUCCGCCUUAAAUCAAAAACCCACUACCAAUGGCGAUAUCCCGCAACGUGAAGAUACUGAAUACCCUAGCAGCGGAUUCGGCAGUUUGCCGAAUACACGGUCGUUGUUUCCAUCAGACAUUCCAUCCAUGGGUGCUUUAGAAAAACACGACGCCGUGUCUGAGUCGAAUCAAAAUCAUUCGGAACAAUUAGAAGACGACGCGAUGGUAGUACACGACAACCCUACUGCGCCCACUGCCACUAAUCACGUAACCGGUUCGAGCGGACAUUCCCGUAACUCUUCGAACACUAGUAAAGGCUCUAGUUCUCACAACUCUCAUUCGAGGCAUAGCAGUUCCGGUGACAGCGGGCACGUCCGGUCGCCGUCCUGGCCCGUGUGGUCGCCUACUUUGUUGCCACCGCCGGCCACCCCGCCACCGUCGCCGCCGCAUCAACAGCAUCCACAGCAGCCCCCCACUACGCCUCUGUGGAGCAGCCCUCGGUCCAGAUUCUGGUCGCUGCGCCAGGCCAAACACCAGCAGCCGUCGCCUCAAGUGUGCACCCAUCAGGACCCAUUUCGGACACCGGACAACAAGCAUGCCGGAGGGUUCCGGUUUCCGCCGUGGUCCGGACCGUCUCCCCGGACCAACUCGUCGCCUGGCCUGUUGCCCCUGACCCCUGAUUCCCCUAAUAGUCUGACGUCUAGUGGUACGGCAAUAUCCGCGUCCCAAGCCUCACCUGUGCUCAGUGGUGUCGAGACCGGUUCGUUGGAUCGCGGCAAAGCUGCUCUGGAACGGCGUAAUAAGAAGUCGGCCGCGACGGGUGGCAGCGUCAUUGACGAUAGCUGCGCAAAGGCUACCGGGCGUGUGGAGGUGACCAGGGUCAACCCGGACAGUCUCAUUGACCAACUGCUCAAGGCAACUAACUUGGACGAUCAUUCAGCUGACGAGGAAAAUAAGCACAGAUCGGGGCUACAGUUGUUCAUAGCCAAAGACGGUACGACUACGCUCGGCAGUCAGGACGUCAAGUGUCACAUGUCUAACAGUCUAUUUAAACAGGUGGUGAUGGAAGACAAUAGAUAACGCCCAGAGUGUGUAAAUCUACGAUUAUAUUAUAUUUAAGUAUUCACGAGCUUAAUGCUUUUUUUGUUUUAUGAAAAAGCUUAUUUUGACUGAACACCCUUUACGGUUCGGUUGUGGUGCUGCUUUCCAUUCGUCGCACGGCACAUGCAUUGCCACUAAUAGUCAUACUAUUACAGAUCUACUGUUGUAAAAUGCCACCGUCGACGUUGUUAUCUACUGUUCCGACCGACAAAUUUUUAUAUAUUUAUUAUACACACAUCCAAAUUAUAUAACAAUUCAAUUCUUUUACAAUAUUAUUUAUAUAAAUAUUAAUUUAUAUAUUGUAUAAUGUAUAUUGUUAAGUGCUGUUCUCCUCGUAUGACGUACAUUAACAAUCCUCAAAACCAUAACACUGUUAAUUAUAUAUUUUGGUGUCUGGAUUAUGUUGGUCCUUAUGUAGCCUGUUAUCAAAAAUUCUUAUAUUUUUUAUCUCUCCACGUAUCAUCGUGUCAUGUUAAUCAGUAAUUUAUUCGAGUAUUCGACAGUCCAUCGUGUAACAAACGAUUAAGUCACAAAAUAAUGUUCCUAUAAAAGUCAUAGACGUGCGCAAUGACAUUAGCGUUGACAUCUGUUAUCAAGUAUAUAUUUUUUAAUAACAUUCAAGUGAAAUUUAUUAUGAUAUCCGAACUGUUGUACAUUUAUUGCACGCCUCAAGUAUUUCAAUCGUUUUCGCCCAAUGGACUUUGAUACGGGACGAUUAAGACUCCCUAUAUAACCUCGUCAAUUUGGAAACGAUUUUCAUUUCAUCAUCAUAUAUAUUUAUAUUUAUUUAUUUUUUGUCAUUGUUAUGAACAACACCAUUGAUCUCUCUCAGAUAAAUUAAUCAGUGAAACAUCCAGUCACGUCAUUAAUUACGCACCGCAUAUUAUAUUGUAAUACGUAAGCAUUAUCUUGUAUUAUUAUUUAUUUAUUGUUUUUUUUAUUUUUAAAUGGUUUGAAAGCCGCUUUGUCGCACUGAAAAUUAAAAAAUGAUUUGGUCAAUUGUAUUAAAACAAUUAAAAAUUAUUAUUUAUAUUUUUUGACAAUUUUAUUAUAUCUUUGUCUUGUGUUAUUAUUAUUAUUAUUUUCUGUUUGUUGAGCUCAAAAUGGACUAUACGACUUGAAAAAAUCAUUGUUGUUAUUUACUUUUACUUAUAAUAUACAUUAUUAUUAUUUUAUUAUAUUCUUUUGUCAUUUUGAAUUGUUACAAUUAAUAGAUAUUUGUUUGAUUUGUAAACAAUAAUAAUUAUAGUUAGGUUUCUAAUCAAUUUUAUAUUGUUACAUAACUACUAUGUGCGCAACUAGUCAUUCACACAUUAUAUAUUACACGUAUAAUAAAAGAAAGAGAUAAUUUGUUCGGAAUUUAAAAAUAAUAAGAUUAACUAUAAAUUAUAAUACAUUUAUUUAAUGUAAUUCAAUACUAUGAAUAGUAAAGCAGACAUAUUUUUAUUUGUCCAUUAAUUUUUUCAAUGUUUUGCAGUUGCUUGUAUUGAAACGUUUUCACAAAUUUUAAAUUAUACUAUUUUAAAUUAUAUAAUUUUGAUAAUCUUCGAUAAUUGUUUAAUUACCAUUAUUGUUUGUACUCAAAAUGUAUAUUAAUAUUGUGCUCACACGUUGUAAAAACGUGAUAUAAUUAAAAUAAUAAUUUUGAAAUAAUUUUGUUCAUUGUGUUAGCGCAAACUGAUUUACAAAAUAAUUAUUUUAAAACCAGACAGAAUUUAACAGAAUUUGACAUUCAAGUAUUACAGUUCCCUCAAUUAUGAUACAUUAUUCAAUAUGUCAUUGUGUUUACCUAAUCGGUUUGAAUGAUUAAAAGUGUUAUUUGUUUUUGAAAA